AUGGGCUGUGUGUUCAAUUUUUUUAAUGCAUUAUUGACAUUGCUGUUGUUGCUGCAUACAAGACUCAGUUUGGCCACUGAUGCUGAAGCAUUGAAGAAGUGCAUCGAGAAGGAGAGGAAAGCUCUUCUGUUGUUCAAACAAGGCAUCUCUGUUGACCAUGGUAUACUGUCCACAUGGAGGGACGGAGAUGAUGAAGAUUGUUGCAACUGGAAAGGAGUUCGUUGCAGCAAGCAAACAGGUCAUGUUCAAAUCCUUGAUCUCCACGGUUCACAUCCACUUUAUAUGGCUGGUACCAUUAAUAUUACUUUGUUAAGUGAGUUGCAUGAUCUGAAACAUUUGGAUCUCAGUUACAAUAAUUUCUAUCCAAGUGACAUCCCUCAAUCCAUAGAGUCAUUCACCAACUUAAGGUAUCUCAACCUCUCUUAUUCUAUUUUUGUUGGGAGUAUUCCCAAUGAAUUGGGAAAGCUUUCAAACUUACAAUAUAUUGAUCUGAGUAACAAUUACUUGGAUGGAACUAUCCCUUGGCAAAUCGGAAAUCUUUCCAAGUUGCGGUCCCUUCAUCUUGGAGGAAAUAAUCUUGUUGGAGUGAUUCCUUAUCAACUUGGUAAUCUCUCCAAGCUCCACACUUUGCGACUCAGUGGUGAUGGUUCUAACCUCACAGUAGCUGACAGAAAGAAUGGUGAUGCAGAGUGGAUAUCAAAGCUCUCUUUAUUAACAAAUCUUGAGUUGAGUUAUGUGAGUGAUGUUGGCAAUUCUCAGGUGUGGCAGCACAGUAUUGGUAAACUUGUGCCGAAACUAACAGAAUUGAGACUGAGAGGAUGUGGCAUUUCUCAUGUGCAUAACCUUCUUCUGUUUGCUUCUCCUUCCAACUAUUCUUAUUCUCUUGUCACCCUUGAUCUCUCUUAUAAUAACUUGAACUCUUCAUUGUUUCAAUGGCCCUUCAACUUCAGCUCUAGCCUUCAACAGCUUUAUAUGAUAAAUUGUAGUCUUUCAUCUCAUAAUCUCUACUUUCUAUCUUCUCAUUUUCAUUUUCCUUCCCUCAUUGUUCUUGAUCUCUCCUAUAAUAACUUGACGUCAGUAAUGACGUUGAACUUUGGCUCAAAUCUUCAGUCACUUUAUUUACACAAUUGUAGCCUUACCUCAAAUAAUCUUAUCUUCACGUCUUUCAAUCCCAACCUCUCCUCUCUUGUCCAUCUUGAUCUCUAUGACAAUCAGCUGACAUCAUCAGCCAUAUUCUAUUGGAUUUCCAACUUCACCUUCAAUCUUCAUGGACUGGAUCUCUCUUACAAUUCGCUUAGCAGUUCCGUUCCUGAUGGCUUUGGAAACGUAAUGAAGUCUCUUGAAGUUCUUGAUCUCUCCUCUACUAAUCUCCAAGGUGAAAUCCCAACAUCACUAGGGAAUAUAUGCACAUUGAAAAGCUUAAAGCUUGGCUACAAUAACUUCAGUGGGGACCUUUCAAGAUUCAUUUAUAAUAUAUCAUGGUGCAAUAGACAUUCAUUACAGAGAUUGGAUUUAGCAGGAAAUCGAUUGACGGGCAUCUUACCUAAUCUUUCAAGUUUUUCCUUUUUGCAAUAUUUGGAUCUCUCUAGUAACCAAUUAGAAGGAAAAAUACCUAAAAGCAUUGGAUUGAUGUCUCAACUGGAAUAUUUGUAUUUGGAUGGGAACAAUUUGGGAGGCAUAGUCACCAAAUCUCAUUUCAAAAAUCUUUCUAAUUUGUGGGCCUUAUCAUUGUCUUACAAUUCACUGAGCUUGGAAAUCAGCACGAGUUGGACUCCUCCUUUCCAGAUAAAAUAUAUGUACAUGGCUUCUUGCAUGAUGGGUCCUAAUUUUCCAAAUUGGCUUCGUAAUCAACAUGAUUUAUCCACUUUGGAUAUUUCUGAUGGCGGGCUUUCAGGAUCUAUCCCAGAAUGGUUUUGGCCACUAUUGAAAAAUAUAGAUCGCAUGAAUAUCUCAUUCAACAACUUUUCUGGUGAAAUCCCAAACUUGCCACUCAAGCUUUAUCAAGGCUCACAAAUAAUUUUGACUUCAAACAACUUUAAAGGGUAUUAUUCAUCCCUUGAUGGUUUGGAAUUCUAUAUAACAUUGAUGUGGAAAGGUGAGGAUUACAUGUAUACAAGGCCAGAACUCUUUCUUAAAAGCAUUGAUCUAUCUAGCAAUGCUCUUUCAGGAGAAAUACCAAGAGAACUUAUGUCUUUGUUAGGAUUGGUUUCCCUAAACCUAUCAAGGAACUGGCUAAGUGGAGAGAUACCUAUAAAUAUUGGGAAUCUAGAAUCACUAGAAUUUCUCGAUUUGUCAAACAAUAAAUUAUCAAGCCCAAUUCCUCCAAGCCUUGCUAAUAUUGAUCGACUCAGUAUGUUAGAUUUGUCAAACAAUCAUCUCUAUGGAAAAAUCCCAAUAGGAACACAGUUGCAGAGCUUUAAUGCCUUAUCUUAUGGAGGAAACCUUGAUCUUUGUGGAUUGCCACUCAACAAGAUGUGCCCAGAAGAUAAGACGCCUCCACCUCAAGAAGCCAAUCAUGAUGAAGAAGAAGAGGCCUCAUUGUUCUCUCAAGAAUUUUACUUGAGCAUGGGAUUGGGAUUUGUUGUUGGAUUCUGGGCGGUUGUAGGACCAUUGAUUUUCAACCGAACUUGGAGAGAAGCCUACUAUAGGUUUAUGAACACAGUAACAGACAAAGUCUAUGUUAUGGUUGCAGUUUAUGUGGUUAAAUGCCUCACUAUCAGAGACUAG